UGUAUCGAGUGAUGUAAUAAGUGUAUUGUGUUGUGAUGUUGUGAGUGGAUAUGUUUAUUGUGUGAAUCAUAAGUAUUAGUGUGGUGUAGGGCAAACAUGUUAAAGCUAACCCGUAGCGGAUGACCAUGCGAUACAUAUGUGUGAAAUGCUUUCCAAGGAUAAUUCAAGGUCCAGAAGUGAUACUACUUUGGAUGAAUAUGGAGUGAAGCAGACAGAAGGCAGCCAAACCACUCCACAACACUGCUGGGGAACCCCCAAGGACUGUGGUUUCAUAAGAACUGCUUUUUUAUAUAAGUGGGAAGGCAUCAACUUCACUAAGCAGUGCAGCAAUAUUUUUAGUUACGCCAUUGAUGGCAUAUGUUUUGUGAUCGUUUUCUGCACGAAUAUCACUUGUAGAAAUCUUAACGUCUUACUUGUCUUUAAAAUUCAAAAUAUCUGUGAAAUUCUAAAAACAAAAGGAGUGUGUUUGAAGGGUUUUAUUAAAUUCAACUGGUUUUAUGUCAUUGCUUUAAAUGUUUAUCGUAUUUGGUUUACAGUAUUUUUUGCUUCAACCUAUGCUACUAUUUACGAAUAUUAUGAGGUUGCAAGCACCUAUAUUUAUAUUUUGUUUGACGUGCAUCUAUUACACGGUACAAGAGUUAUGAAACUCUUCAGACGACCUCUAAAGAUAUGGUUAGAUGAUGUGAAAAAUUAUAAUGUGGAUGACGAUGAAGAUGAUGUAUAUUUUUGGAAUAAAAUGUUGAGAACUUAUCAAGUAAAGUGUUGAGAAACUUUAGAAGCUUAUCUCAUUUUUGCGAAGACUUUUCAGACAGUGGUAAGUAAUGGAGUAACAUACAAUACAAUUUUUGAAGUGAUAUCAAUACCUGACAAUGGACUCAAACAUGGAUGCAAAAAAGCAGAAUAAACAAAACAUAACAUUACAGACAGAUAAACCACAGGCUGUAGGAAAUUAAUAUUUUCUAUCUUGAGGAUCUGACUGUCUGUCUGUCAGUAGGACGAGUGAUAGGGAGGAAUGGAAGUGGAAGACAUAUCGGGCCGACCCCAAACAAAAUUGGGAACAGGGCAGAAAGAAAAAGAAGAGGACCUGACUGAAACUUCUACAAUAUUGUUUCAAAUAACCUUUAUUACUUCAAGUUCAUUUCAGAUUCUUUAUUAUACAAUCAAUACAUUUGGUAACAUCUUAAUAUCUAUAGUUUUGAGAACUGAAAUUGGAAAAACAACUGACAGAAGCAUGGGCACGUUUGCUAUUCUUACGUGUAUAUCUUUAGUCUGGUUAGUCAAGAACAUGAUUAUGAUUAUUUCCUUAGUAGUAGAGUGUGAGAGAUUUUAUUCAGCCAUGACGGAAGUUUGGACCAUCUGCUUACUGCAGACGUCAACCGAAACAUCUUCAGAUAUCCGAAAAAAUAUCUUCAAAAACAUCCGAAGGAUUCAAACUACUUCCUUCAGAAAGACAAAUGCCUGUGGACUAUUCCUCGUCGAUGCCAAGUUCCCGCUGGCCCUAUGUGGCCUUAUUACCUGUUAUACUGUUGUUACAUUACAGUUCGAACUUCUGUAGUCCUGGUACCCAGCUGGGCCAACUCCUAGUACUACUUUGGUGAAUUGGUAGAUUAAUUAAUUACAUGACAAAUAAAUAAAAAUCCGCAUACAUUUCGACCCUUGCUUUUUUAAUACCUUGCCUUCUACUGCACAAGCACUGCCAAAAUCAUCUGACCUAGAUACUUUGUUACUAAUAAUAGUGAUGACUUUCUACUAAAAGUCUUGUCUUCUAUUCUAAUGAUCUCAAUAGCGUAUGGAAUGGAGACAAUAUCAUCAUCAUUUUUGAUGAUGGAUAAUGAUGAUAUUACACGUGUCAAAAUAAUAAAUAACAUAACAUCAUCAUCAAGUCGACGUUAAAGAGGACGCAAAUAAUUUCAUAACAUUAACAGAACACGCAUUAAAGAAAUUAAACUCAUUAAACUAAAUGAUCUUCAAACAUUCAUACAUUUUACACGUCUACGGUUAUAUUAUAGUGUUAGUAACUAAAAGCAGUUUAACCUAUUAUACCAACAAAUGCUGAACAUGUUAUAAAAUAAAUUGAAAAAUGGUUAAAAUCGAUUCUGUACCAAGUUUCGAGAACAGUGAACUGAGUUCAAACAAUGUCAUAGAAAAAGAUGUUCAAGCUUUAUUGAAACCAUUUAAUGUGAUUUUUGCCUUAUUCAUCUCUUCCAAGUACAAAAUACAAAACGACGUCAUUUAUCAGAACACUUUACUGUACAAGAUCUUAUCAGGCAUCAGCUACACCGUCCUGAUCGCCGGGUACUUCUACUCCAUUUUCAGAACCGCUUUCAUAUAUAAAUGGGAAGGUAUCAACUUCACCAAGCAGUGGUGCAAUGUCUUCAUAUACGCUAUUUAUUUUAUGUGUUGCGUCAUUAACUACCACACGAAUAUCGUUUGUAGUAAAAUCAACGUCAUACUUGUCUUCAAAAUCCAGAAUAUUUGUGAAAUACUCAAAGUCAAAGGUAUUUCUUUGAACGAUUUUAUAAAAUUCAACUGGGUAUAUUUUACUAUCUUAAACGUUUAUCAUGUCUUCUGGAUAGUAUUUUUUACCAUCACUUUCUCUGAUACUUACGAAUAUUAUGAGUUUCUGACAAAUUAUGUCUAUAUUUUGUUUGAUAUGAGUGUCUUACAUGGCACGAGAUUUCUGAAAGUUCUCAGACAACCACUUAAACUAUGGAUUCGAGAAAUGCGCAAUUCAGACAAUGUCCUUGAUGAAGACAAUGAAUAUUUUUGGAACAACAUGUUUAGGAUUUAUGAAGAAAUAUUAGAUACGUAUCAAAUUUUGACGAAGACGAUUCAACCGGUGAUUCUUUAUUAUACAGUGAAAACUUUUGGUAACGUCGUGAUUUCUAUAGCUUUGCGAACAGAGAUUGGGAAAUCAAGUAACGUUAACAUGGGUUCAUUUAUACUCCUUACACUAUUAUCCUUGAUCUGGGUGAUAAAGAACAUGUUAAUAAUAACAACGCUGGUGUCAGAAUGUGAGAGAUUCUACGCAGCCAUGACCGACGUCUCAAUGGUCUGUUUGCAACAAACUUCAUCAAAAACCUCUUCAGAUACUCAAAAGUUAAUCUGCAAGAACAUCCAGAGACUACAAACAACUACUUUCAAAAAGAUGAAUGCGUGCGGAUUAUUCAUCAUCGAUUCAAAGUUCCCUCUGACCUUGUGUGGACUCAUCACUAGUUAUACUAUAGUUACUUUACAGUUCGAGUUUCUAUAGUCUUAUCUGUAGAUCAACAUCUAAGUGCUCUUUUAUGCCAACUGACUCCUGUAUCGCAUUUUGUUUUACUACCGCUGUCAUUCCUUAUCCUUAUAUUCAAUCCUUAUAUCCUUAUAUUCAAGACUGUCAUGUACAUCUUUCUCUAUAACAGCGUCAUCAUCAUCACCAGUUAACACUACCGUCUUAUUUAAUGUGGCUACUUUUAUUUCUAUUACAAAUGUUACAUAUCUGUCCUCAUCUCUGCAAAGUAGAUUCUACAUUAUUCGGAUAAUUCUAGCAGUGAAUUUUUGUUUAUUUGCUAUGAGAAUACUGAUUCUUGGCAUUAAAAUAUUAAUAAUAAUAUUC